AUGAGGAGGAACCCGGCAGGUAUUAGCCAGAACGCCGACACAAAGAACGGGCCUGUCCUUGGAAUCACCUCCUUCAUAGCCACCAUUGCAGUUCCCCGGAAGAAGAACGGUGAUACCAGCACUGUCAAUUCCCAAAGCCCUUCCGCAAGGCACUUCAAUGAUUCACCUUCUUCAAAGCUCGUUUCGGCGACGGCGGCGGAAGAUGGACGGAGCAGCAACAGCUGUAAACUAAUCGAAGGAAAGAAAAGAAGAAGGGGUAAGCAGGGGAGGGGUUUUGCGAAAUCAGGGAAGAAGGGAGAAGUGAGAGGCGGCGCGGUGGGUGCCACUGCCACCGUCGCCGCCAUCGCUAACAAAGGGGAGGGGAGAUCUGAACGAGAAGAGAGAGUGACGCGAAGGAGGGAGAUGAGGCCUCACUGUCGUCACGCUCUGCCGCCAUCACGCCGUCGCCUGACCGAGGGAGAAGACUGUCGCGCCUCACUGCCUCGCCACCACCGAACUCGUGCGCAGAGAGAGAGAGAAGAUGCGCGAAAGGGAGCCACCACGGGAAGCCAUCACCGCCUGUCACCGUCGCAGAGCGUGGGGCCUUCGCCGUUCUCCUCGUCGCCGACCAGCUUGUCGGGUCGCCGCUGUCACGCCGUCACCGCGCCGUCGUCCUCGUCACAAAGCCAGCCGCCGCCGAGCUUCCACAACCGCCGCGUUUCACCGCGGUUGAGGGCGUCUCCACCACUGCACCUUGGCCGACGGUGCUGCCGAUCUGUUGCUUCACGGUGCCUAACUGGAGCUUCUGUUGCUAAUGACGGAGGUCAGUGGUUGCCGGAAGACACCAUUGUUGUUGCUGCCGAAGGAGAGAGAAGCCGUGCCGCUGUUCUGGCCGCCAGGAGGAGUCUUGUGGCCGCCAGAAACACUGCCGGAGAUGCCGUCACUGGGCUCAGUCACUCCUUCGUUGCGCCGCCUCUGUCGCCGGAAACAGCCACCAAGUCCCCUGUUUUGAGAUGUGGAUUCGUGCUUGCAUUCCGUGCUCGGAGUUUGCAGCUGCCUCAUUUUGUCAUUCUAGAUUUAGUAACUGAGGUUGCUUGCUGUAAAUUAGAGCUGUUUAUGCUGCUGCAAAAAUGUGUGGGACUGUGCUUUGAAGCUGCCUUUGGUUUGGGUUAAGACGAAAAGAACUUUAUGAGGCUUUUGGAUUAUGGUUUUGCGUUGAGGAUAUGGAUGCAGAUGUCGCGAAGAGUUUAUUUAGUUAUUGUUGUGAUGCUCUGUAUUGCUUUAGAUUAUUAUUUAUUUUACCCUCGCCUUUAUCUUGAUAUAUUCUGUAAGAGAGUUAGGAAUUGUAUUGGUUAAUGCUUGUAAUACUAUUUAUAUAUUUGGAUGUAAUCUUUACGAGUUUAUGUAAGUUGUAUAGUAUCUA